AUGUCUCGCCCUAUUGAGCCAUUGAAAGAGAUCAAUGAUUCAAAAGAUUUGUGGAAGAUCGCUGUUAGAUGCAAACAUCUAUGGACUGUCACAAGUUCUUCAAACAAAGAACACAUGGAGAUGGUUUUGGUUGAUUCUAAGCGUGAUAUGAUUCAGGCUGUUGUCCCUGCUUAUUUGCUUUCGAAAUUAAAAUCUCAAAUUGAAACAGGAAACUCUUAUAUCAUGCAAAAUUUUAAAGUUGGGAGGAAUGAUUUUGCUUUUAAGUCGACAAAUCAUACAUACAAAUUGGUUUUUUGUGGGUCAACUUCUGUUAAGAAGGCAGAAUUUCCUGACAUCCCUCAUAACUACCUUAACAUUAUUGCUUUAAAUUCCAUAGUUGAAGGAAGGUUUCAAUCAAAUGUUUUGGUUGAUUUGAUUGGAGGAAUCACUGAUAUCACUCAAACCCAAGUUAACGGUGACAACAGCAAGAACAGAAUAGUUUUUUCAAUUGUAGAUGCCAGCAAAACAGUUGUACGUACUCUUUGGGGCCAACUUGCAGUUCAGCUAUAUGAGUAUUAUAAGAAUAAUAAGCAAGCAUCAAAUAUUGUCAUUGUGCUAAUCAAUGCAAGGGUUAAAGAGGCUCAAGGAGGAUUUCCAGUUAGUGUUUCCAACACAUGGAAUGGACCGAAACUGUUGAUUAAUGACCUUGCUAUUGAGGAAGUCAAGAGUCUAAAAGAAAGACUUGGUGUUGAUUUGCCUUUGUUAUCAUCUUCAAGUGUACAAGUUGAGACGACGCAAAACUCAUUUUAUUCUGACUAUGACAAAUUUGUUUCGAAGGCUGAAAUAAUGAGUCUCUCUGAGAUAACAAAUCUGCAACAUGAAACAACAUGUGUUAUCGUUGCUACCCACGAUAAGUUUGAUGCUGGGCAGAUGGGGUGGUACUAUGAUGGAUGUGUGGAAUGUACAAGGAGUGUGACUGCCAAGGAUGGAAAGCUGAAGUGUUUUAAGGAUCAUAUUAGCCCAGAACCUGUGCCACGGUAUAAGCUUGAUAUAACAGCUGUUGACGGCAGUUCGAAGGCAAAGUUCGUCUUUUGGGACACAGACUGCGUGAAGUUAAUUGGGAAGUCUGCUCUUCAAAUGAAGAUGGAUUUAACACAGUCUGUUGAUUACGAUCCACUUGAGUUCCCUUACGAACUUGACUCCAUAUUGGCAAAAGAAUUGGCAAUUAGAGCUGUUUAUCAGCCUAAAAAUGGGAGACUUUCUGUCAUUGGCUUCAAGACUGAUGAAGAUGUGCGUAAUAAAAUUAAGGAGAGUUUCAAAUUUGAAGAGACCUCAAAGCUUCGAGCACCAGAACCUCUGUCCCAGGAUGACAUGAAUAGCAUUUCUGAACCUCUAUCUGCAUCUGCAGAAAAUGAUCCGAGCAUUGAAAAUUCAGGACUCACUCCAUGUAAGAGACUUAUGAAUGAUGCAGUAGAAGAUAAUGAUAGUGUACAACAAUCAUCAACCAAGAUGGCCAAAGAUAUUAAACAGGAGAAAUAG